AUGUUCGAUUAGUGGGAGGUUUGAUUAGUUAAGUAUGAUUAUUAAAUAUUGUCCUGUUUUACACCUCUGUGUUGUGAUGGCUGUUGUGGUUUUGAUGGUGGUUGUUUGAUGGUAGUUUAAUUAUGGUGAUGUUUGGUGGUAGUGGUGGUUUUACUUAUGUUUGUUGUGAUGGUUACUCAUUACGAUGGUGGUGUUGGUGGUGGUUUUAUAACUGUGGUGGUGUUGGGGAUUAUAAUAGUGGUGGUGUUGGGUUUGAUUAGGGAGAUGAUUGUGAUGAUGGUUGUGAUGGUUACUGAUAACGAUUGUGGUGGUUUAAGGAAUUUUAAUGGUGGUGGUGUUGGGUUUGAUUAUGUUGAUUAUUAUAAUUGGCAGUGGUUUUACUGAUGGUGGUGGUUCUUCUGGUGAUCAUGGUGAUGAUGAUGGUGAUGACAGUUUUCUUAGAGAUAACACUACUUGCGAUGCCUUCAGCUUUGUACCAAUGGCUAGAGGCAGACCGUCAGGGCAGGGAGCCGGAGGCCGUGGCUGCAGGUGAGAACUUUGACCAGAGUCCGCUUAAAAGGACCUUCAAGUCCAAAGUGCUGGCCCACUACCCAGAGAACAUCGAAUGUAACCCAUUCGAUCAGGAUGCUGUUAACAUGCUCUGCAUGCCUAAAGGCCUGUCAUUCCGCACUCAGAGAGACAGCCUGGCCCCUCGCUUCCACUCUUUCCUCAUCACGCGGGAGGACGGCUCUCGCAUCUACGGCUUCGUCCACACCUUCUACGAGGAGGUGACCAGCACUCAGAUUCGCUCUGCCAUGCAGACUCUGCACCAGAUGCACCAUGCUGAGCAACACACCUCUCCCCACAACUGUCCUUCAUCAUCAUCCUCUUCCUCCUCCUCCUCGUCCUCCUCCAGUAUGGACUCUCUGGCGAGCAGUUCAGAUGAAGCGGAGUCUCCUUCCUCUCAGGCAGGAGUUCGGGGUGUCUGUGGCUGCUCAGGUUCAGGUUACGAUGCGGAACGAGACACACUGUACGUCUCUAAAGCGAUCUGCCUAAUCGCGCCCAUGCCCUUCAUGCAUGCGUGCAGACGGUUCCUGUCCCAGAUGCACCGGGCUGUGGUCUCACAGCAGCCACCCCCGCUGCCUCUGGAGAGUUAUGUCUACAAUGUGCUGUAUGAGGUCCCGCUGCCGCCGCCUGGACGCUCCCUCAAGUUCCACGGCGUGUAUGAGCCCAUCCUGUGCCAGCGGCCAGGGCCAAAUGAGCUGCCGUUGGCUGACUUCCCGCUGGGCGAGGCCUUCCAGCUGCUCGGAGUGGAGAACCUGGUGCAGCUCUUCACCUGUGUCCUGCUGGAGAUGCAGGUCCUGCUCUACUCACAAGAUUACCAGAGGCUGAUGGUGGUGGCGGAGGGGAUCACCACGCUGCUCUUUCCAUUCCAGUGGCAGCAUGUGUACGUGCCCAUCCUGCCUGCUUCCCUGCUGCAUUUCCUAGAUGCCCCUGUGCCAUACCUCAUGGGUUUACAGUCGAAAGAGGGCACGGACCGCUCCAAACUGGAACUGCCUCAAGAGGCAAAUCUUUGCUUUGUUGACAUUGACAACCACUGCAUCGAGCUGCCAGAGGAUUUCCCUCAAUUCCCCAACAAGGCUGAGUUUAUUCAGGAGCUGAGCGAGGUGCUGCUGCACUAUGGUCUUUCUCCAGAGGGCGGCGUCACAUCACCUGCACCCACCACCACUCAGACUUGCGUGACAGGCACAGGGCUGAAGAACACAGUCUUGAGAGAUCUAGUAGAUGAUGGAAGAAACGGGAACCUGCCUGGUGAAGCUUUAGAUGUCCUGGAGCUCCUGCAGGGAAACCCGACUCUAGAGCGCCUUCAGGCUCUGGCCAAACGCACAGGAGUGAAGGUGGCCCGUCUGGAGGCCCUCGUGGCAGGGCAGAAAGCUACAGGGGAGGAGAACGUGGGGGGAAGGACUGGCAUCGAGGAAGAGGAGCUGAGAACCGCCAAGCUGAAUGUGCAGCUGAGGGAGGUGUUUGCAGCACGCUUCGCCACAAUGUUCGCCGACUACGAGGCCUUCGUCAUCCAAAACUCACCGGACCUGGAGGCCUGGCUCACCAACCGCGAGCAGAUGCACAACUUUGACAAGGCAUCCUUCCUGUCAGAUCAGCCGGAGCCCUUCCUGCCUUUCCUGUCUCGCUUCAUUGAGACCCAGAUGUUUGCCACCUUCAUUGACAAUAAGAUCAUGUCUCAGUGGGAGGAAAAGGAGCCCCUCCUGCGUGUGUUUGAUGGGCGCAUUGAGAAGGCCCGCCUCUACAACGUGCGGGCGCCCAGUCUGCGCUCGUCAGUUUACCAGAAAUGUACCUUCCUCAAAGAGUCCGCUCAAGCCAUUGAGCAGCGGUUAAUGAAGAUUGACCACACCGCCAUCCAUCCCCACUUGCUGGACAUGAAAAUCGGCCAGGGCAAGUACCAGCAGGGCUUCUUCCCCAAGCUGCAGGCAGAUGUGCUUGCCUCAGGGCCGACGAACAAUAACAGGUGGUCAAAUCGCACUGGUCCAGCUCAGCGCAGGAGGGACUGGCCCAGGCAGCAGCCUGACCACCUCGGGCUGGACAAUGACCUCAAAGAGAAGUACAUGCAGGAGGCACGUAGUCUGGGGAAGAAUCUGAGACAGCCCAAGCUGUCGGACCUCUCGCCAGCUGUCAUUGCACAGACCAACUGGAAGUUUGUGGAGGGAUUACUGAAGGAGUGCAGAAUGAAGACUAAGCGGAUGUUGGUGGAGAAAAUGGGUCGGGAGGCUGUGGAACUGGGCCACGGGGAGGCUAAUAUCACUGGACUGGAGGAGAACACACUCAUAGCCAGCCUGUGCGACCUGUUGGAGAGAAUAUGGAGCCACGGCCUACAGGUCAAACAGGGAAAAUCUGCAUUGUGGUCCCACUUAAUGCACUACCAGGCCAGAGAGGAGAAAACAGAGCAACAGGCUGAGUCUCCAGUGUCUAACGGUCAAGAGAGAAGGAAGUCCGAGUCGUCCAUCGGCCUGCCAGCACUGCGCGUAUCAGUAGUACAGGACAUGAGGCACAUCCAGAACAUGGGGGAGAUAAAGACAGAUGUGGGCAGAGCGAGAGCCUGGAUCCGUCUCUCUCUGGAGAAGAAGCUGCUUUCUCAACACCUCAAACAGCUGCUGUCCAACCAGGCCUUAACCAAGAAAUUGUAUAAGCGCUAUGCCUUCCUACGAUGUGAGGAGGAGAAGGAGCAGUUUCUCUUUCAUCUGCUGAGCCUGAACGCUGUGGACUAUUUCUGCUUUACCAGUGUCUUCACCACCAUCAUGAUUCCUUACCGGGCUGUCAUCAUCCCCAUUAAGAAGCUGAGCAAUGCCAUGACGACGUCAAACCCGUGGGUGUGCGUGUCGGGUGAAUUAGGCGACUCUGGCAUCAUGCAGAUUCCGAAGAACGUUCUGGAGAUGACGUUUGAUUCUGCCUUUAGGCCUCACACGCACAUCUCCGCCCUUUUCAAGUGCCAGAACCUGGGGAAGCUGACCACCGUGCAGUUGGGUCAUGAUAACGCUGGGCUCUUGGCCAAGUGGCUGGUGGACUGCGUGAUGGUCCGCAACGAGAUUACAGGACAUACAUACAAGUUCCCCUGCGGUCGAUGGCUCGGUAAGGGUGUGGAUGAUGGCAGUCUGGAGCGAAUUCUGAUCGGCGAAUUAGUGGCUCCGUGCAGCGAUGAGGAGGUAGUGCGAGGAAGCAAGACCCCGCCUCCUCAGCGCUCACCCUCACAGCUUCGGCGAAUCAGUAUAUCCUCCAUCACAGGACGAGGCAACAAACCAACAACAGAUCAGAUACAGGAAGCCAUCAGUGAGGCAGUGAACAACAUCAUCAAACAUUUUCACAAACCAGAGAAAGAGAGAGGGAGUCUGACUGUUCUGCUGUGUGGAGAGGGUGGGUUGGUAGGCGCACUGGAGCAGUUCUUCUACCAUGGCUUCCGCACAGCACGUCUUUUCCAGAAAAACAUAUUUGUGUGGGACUUCCUAGAGAGAGCAGUGGUAUAUAUGGAGAGUGCUGAUCAGAUGGGGCAUCUGCAGGAAACAGCUGAGCCUCUUGGCCUGACUUGCGAUUCUCUCUGUCGUUAUGCCAAUGCCAUCAACAACACAUCACGUAACAUCGGCAAGGAUGGCAAGUCCCAGCUGCUAAUUUGCCUUGGGGCGAGAGAUCGACUGCUGUCUAACUGGAUCCCUCUGCUGGUGGAGUGCCCCGUCAUCACGCGGAUGUAUGAGGAGACGGCCCUCCUGCGCGACCGGGUCGCCGUUAGCUCUCUUAUUAACGUCCUGCAGUCGCUCCAUGACUUCCCCAUCACUCUGGAGACCUCGCUUACCAAGGGUGUGGACCUGUAGCCCCUCUAGAAACAGUUUCAGACCCAGCCACCCCAAACCCUCAGCAUCCCUGGUCUCUCCUGCCACUGCUGCCACUCUCAGGGCCAGCGCGGCUCUGGGAGCAAUUCUCAAGCUCGAGACUAAAGCGCUCCAGACUUAUUCAGCUCUCUCCCAAACCCCACUGCAGUGAGAUUCACACAGAGGUAGAUGUUAAGGGUGUUUGGAUUCCUGGCGAAAGCUGUGUUCAUUUGAUGCAAAGGGACCUGUGGAUUUGGUUCUGAAUUUUGCUGGUAUGGUUUGCCAGGUGUUUGACAGCAGAGAGUUCUCUUCUCCUGUGUUCAUCCUUCAGACUUCCAGCCACCUUUAGAUUGCUCCAUAUCAAAUUCACAUGAACCCACAAAAAAAGGAAUUUGCUUCAAAGUAUUAAAGAUUAGCUUUGUUAUUGUUAUUUGAUGCAUACCUUUAGCAUUGACAGGCUUCUUGUGUCUCUGUAUUCCUUCCUACAACGGGAGGCUGGAGCUAAAUCACAUUGCACAACUGUUAAAGGACAAUUAAGAGUAUUCGGGUUAGAUGUUGCCCACAAGUCUAUAUUUGUUUUGUCACUCUUGACUGGCGAUUGAUCUGCAAGGAAAGCAUCUGCUUCAAUGGACUGUUAUAAAGUGGUCAUCUACAAAAGGUUUGGCUCAGCUGCAUCGAUUAAGCUGAACCUGCGGUGGUUUAAAGGAAAUGACAUUCCAGCGACACCAAGCGAAAAUACUGUGGUUGAGUCUCAGUAUGCGUUCUGUCAUUUCGUGUGAGUGUGUGAAUGUGUGAGUGUGCAUAUAUGUAUUUUGCCAAUCAGUAUUAACUUGGUUUGUGUUGAAGUAAAUCAACAUAAAGCUUGAAUUUUGUAUUUCGGAGAAAACACUGGAAAUAGAUCAGCAAUAAUGCGCCCGGCCAUCUCCCACUCUCUUAAGGACAGAAGUAUUUAUCCAUGUAAACAGCCAGCUUUCUAUCUCUUACCAUUUCCUCCCCACAUAGAACUUGUCACAGUUUUUAAAGCCCCAUUUCAGGAUGUUUUGGAAUUUAUUUGGUCCAGUCAGGUUGCUUUUA